AUGGCUUUAACUAAUCCAAGACCACUACCAAUGCAUGCAUUGGAGAGUGAAAUCCUUCACAAUAACGCUUCUCCCGUUUUCCAAGCGAGUUCACUUGUUUUUAGUCCAAAGCCAGAUGGCUUAUCACAUUCUGAACCAAUGGGUGUUAUACCCGGUACGCCCAAUAGUGACGACAAUUCUUCCAACGAUGGCGGUACAAUGAGAAGUGGCACACCAAAGAAGGAAUCAAGUCCGCUAGAAUUAUCAAAAGUGAUUCCUGUGACUGGUGAAAGGCCAAUGCCAAAAGACAGAGCUAGUCCGCUAGAUGACGAUGUUCUAUAUGCCGUAUUCGUCAUUCUUUGGGAAAAGGAUUCAACCUUGCAGGGAAUGACAGUUAAACAGUUAUCUGAUCAUUUAUUGGAGAAACAUCCCGAUAUGAACAAUCUAUCAACAAAAUUGUCGAAUUUAAUCUCUGCAAAACUAAACGCUUAUGUGAAAAAAUUAGAGAAGGGCGAAAAGACUCUUGUCUAUGCUUUGUCAAGAGAAUGGUCAAAUUCAUCACCAAGGAGAAUGGUCUACGUUUACAGAGGUAUAUUAUCGCCGGAUUAUAAAAAACAUGCACAAGCUGCUGCUCCAGUCAAUGUGAAGAGACCCGAUUCAACAAAAAAUGAAGAUAUCGAGUCUUCAAAAUUUGAAACCUCUUUAGAAAAUGGUUCAGAAAAUUUAGAUUCUUCCAUCACUGUCAAUAAUAACAACAACAACAAGAGAAUGCAUAGUAGCAAUGCAUUUACACUAAAUUCUGAAUUUAACGUUCCAUAUCUUACAUCACCGGUUUCUGUUGUCCUAACACCAAACGCUACUGGUAUUGAAAAGAAAGAGACACUAACGGUACCAAAUGAUUCACAAAAGAGAUCUCACGAUGAAGAGGAUGAUAUAGAUGAGGAACAAAUGGUUAAAAGACCAAACAUAGGACCUCAAAUGAUCCCACAUAACAGUGGUAGAGAAAAUAAUACUUACGUGACAGCAGCGGCAGCUGCUCCACGUAUUUCGAAAUUAUUCACAAAAAAUGGGUUUAAAACUACCACUUCAAAUGCAACUGGAAUAAUGACAGCUAUUCACAAGGUUAUCUAUACACAAAAUCCAAUUGAAAGUAGAAGAUUUUCCAAAGUGAAAAAUAAUCAAGAUAAUCUUUUACCAGCUACAUGGUUGAAAACCGUUAGAGAUGGUUUUUUAACAAAUGAUAUUGAAUCACCGGAAUCAAUUUCGUUUGAAGAUUUAGAAGGAAUUUUAAAUCAAGCAUAA